UCAACUUUUGAAGUUGAAAUCUUCAAUUCAUUCCCACUCCCUCUCUUCCCAUUUCGAUUUUCCAUUCACAAUCUUUAUGUUUGUUUUCCUUAAAUCACGUCUCUUUGUAGGGUUCCUGGGUUCAAUCAUUGAUUUUCUUUUCUUUCCAAUUUCUCCCUUUCAAAUUCCCCUCGCUUCCCUCGCUGAUGAAUUUUCUGUUUGUUUCUCUGCUUGUUGAGUCACCGCUGACGAAUCCGAAAUGAACAGUUAUUCCUUGAAUUGAUUUUAACAUAGAUCAGCAGUUUCUACUGCAUUUUCUGGCGUACGUUCUGUUCUUUUUUCUGAUUUUGGGAUCACUUUCUGGCAUAUGCGUUAGUCAUAGUCAUCUUCUCCUUCUCCAUACGCUGUUCUUUUCUCUUGGGAAGGUCUUUCUGGACUACUUUUGUUCUCUUGGGGUGAUUGAAGUUCAUAUUCUGCUUGAAGAUUCUGGUUUAUUUGCCAUUCUUUGAACAAUGAAGCUUGUAGUUCGGGUAAUUGAGGCCAAGAAUUUGCCACCAACGGAUCCUAAUGGGUUAAGUGAUCCGUACGUGAGGAUGCAGUUGGGAAGGCAGAAGUUCAAGACCAAAGUGGUCAAGAAGAGCUUGAAUCCGAAGUGGGAUGAAGAGUUUAGUUUCCGGGUUGAGGAUCUCAAUGAGGAGCUACAGUUCUCUGUAAUGGAUGAAGAUAAGUAUUUCAACGACGACUUCGUGGGGCAGCUCAAAGUGCCAGUUUCACUUGUAUUCGAAGAGGAGAUUAAGUCUCUUGGCACUGCUUGGUAUUCUUUGCAACCCAAAAGCAAGAAGUCCAAGAACAAGGAGUGUGGGGAGAUUCGUUUAAGCAUAUAUUUUUCUCAGAAUAAUUCAUCCUUGGACUCAAAUAGUAGUGGUGAUCAACUACUGCAUGCAUCUAAUGAAUCACCUUCAAGAUCUUUUACGACCAGUUCAUGCUCAUCUCCAAAGAGAAUUGAAGAAACCACAACCUCUAAGGAUGAGAAAUCCUGCACGCAAAAAACAUUAGCUGGUCGAAUUGCUCAAAUGUUUAAUAAGAGUUCUGAUAUGGUUUCAACAGUACCUGAGGGAAGCGCGGACACAGAUCCAUCUGAAAAUAGUAAAGAUGAUGGUGAGGAGAUCAAAACUGAGGAUCAGCCCUCUAAUGAAUCUUUUGAAGAUGCUAUGAGAAAGAUUCAGUCUGUAGAUCAAGGCUCUGAAAUUCCAAGCAAUUUACCUGGAGGGGUGCUUAUCGAUCAACUAUAUGUCAUUGCACCAGAAGACUUGAAUACAUUAAUUUUUUCACCUGAUUCAGAUUUCCUCAAGUCAUUGGCAGAUUUCCAAGGUACUACAGAACUCCAAGUUGGACCUUGGAAAUUUGAGAAUGAAGGCAAAAGCUUGAAAAGAUCACUUACAUACAUCAAAGCCCCUACUAGAUUAAUCAAGGCUGUCAAAGCCUUUGAGGAACAAACAUAUAUUAAAGCUGAUGGAAAGAAUUUUGCUGUCCUUGCAAGUACCAGUACUCCAGAUGUUACGUAUGGGAGCUCCUUUAGGGUUGAACUACUCUUUGUGAUUACACCAGGGCAUGAGUUGCCAUCAGGAGAACAGUGUUCACAUCUGGUGAUAUCAUGGCGAAUGAAUUUCUUACAGAGUACCAUGAUGAAAUCAGUGAUAGAAAAUGGUGCUCGUCAAGGUGUGAAAGACAACUAUGAUCAGUUUGCAAAUUUGUUAUCUCAGACUGUUAAACCUGUUGAUUCGAAGGACCUUGGUUCCAAUAAGGAACAAGUUUUGGCAUCACUACAGGCAGAGCCCCAGUCAGAUUGGAAACUGGCAGUCCAGUUUUUUGCUAAUUUCACUGUUGUCUUGACAUUUUUCAUGGUAUUGUACGUUCUUGUCCACAUUUGGAUGGCUUCACCCAGUAAAGUUCAAGGGCUUGAGUUCGAUGGACUUGACUUGCCAGAUUCAAUUGGUGAAUUUGUUGUUUGUGCUGUCCUAGUUCUUCAAGGUGAACGAUUGUUGGGUUUAAUUUCUCGCUUCAUGCAGGCCAGGGCACAAAAUGGAAGUGAUCAUGGAGUUAAAGCACAAGGAGAUGGAUGGUUGCUAACUGUUGCCCUGAUUGAAGGAAACAAUUUAGCAGCUGUUGAUUCAAGUCAAUUCUCUGAUCCAUAUGUUGUGUUUACUUGCAAUGGGAAAACACGAACCAGCUCUAUCAAGUUUCAGAAAUCUGAUCCUCUAUGGAAUGAAAUAUUUGAAUUUGAUGCGAUGGACGACCCUCCUUCUGUGCUGGGGGUGGAAGUUUAUGAUUUUGAUGGGCCUUUUGAUCAAGCUGCAUCUCUUGGACACACUGAAAUCAAUUUUCUAAAGAGAAAUAUUUCAGACCUUGCCGAUGUAUGGGUUCCUCUUGAAGGGAAAUUGGCUCUGGCAUGCCAGUCUAAGCUGCAUUUGAGAAUUUUCUUGGAGAACACUAAAGGUAGCAAUGUUGUAAGAGAUUAUUUGAGUAAAAUGGAGAAAGAGGUGGGGAAGAAGAUUAAUUUGCGGUCUCCUCAAGCAAAUUCAGCCUUUCAGAGAAUCUUUGGGCUUCCACCAGAGGAAUUUCUCAUCAAUGAUUUCACCUGCCAUUUGAAAAGAAAAAUGCCCAUGCAGGGCCGCCUAUUUCUAUCACCAAGAAUAAUUGGAUUUCAUGCAAAUUUGUUUGGAAAAAAGACAAAGUUCUUUUUUCUUUGGGAGGACAUUGAAGACAUUAAGGUCAUUGAGCCUAAUUUUUCUUCUAUGGGGAGUCCAAUAGUAGUUAUAACUCUUCGGCCAGGAAAAGGGAUGGAUGCAAGGCAUGGGGCAAAAACACAAGAUGAAGAAGGCAGGCUGAAGUUCCAUUUUCAGUCCUUUGUGUCUUUUAACAUAGCACACAGGACAAUCAUGGCUCUCUGGAAGGCCAGAUCGUUGAGUCCUGAACAGAAAGUCCAGAUGGUUGAAGAAGAGUCUGAGAACAAAAGCCUUGCAAGUGAAGAGAGCGGGUCAUUCCUUGGCCUUGAUGAUGUUAGCAUGUCUGAAGUUUAUUCUUGUACCCUUCCAGUUCCUGCCACUUUCUGCAUGGAGCUGUUCAAUGGGGGAGAGUUAGACAGGAAGGUCAUGGAGAACUGUGGUUGUCUUAAUUAUUCCUACACUCCCUGGGUAUCAGAGAACACAGAUGUCUAUGAGAGGGCCAUAUAUUACAGAUUUGAUAAGCAUGUUUCACAGUAUGGCGGUACAGUUACUAGUACACAGCAAAGAUCUCCCCUUUUGGAUGGAAAAGGCUGGCUUCUAGAAGAGGUUAUGAACCUUCUUGGAAUUCCUCUUGGUGACCAUUUUAAUCUACAUCUCCGUUAUCAAAUAGAGGAUUCACCCCCAAAAUCAAAGGGAUGCAGAGUUCAGGUAUAUUUUGGAAUUGAAUGGCUGAAAAGCUCAAAGCAUCCAAAAAGGAUCACAAAGAACAUCAUAACAAAACUGCAAGAACGUUUGAAGGUGAUGUUCAGUCUAGCUGAGAAGGAGUUCUUGGCAAAAUAGUAAAUGAACCAUCCUCUGGUUGGUUGACCCUGAACAAUGGUGAAAGCUAGCUGAUAUUCCUGCAGUGUCUCUACAUGCUGCCAAGUAUAUAAUUUUUCUCCUUUCAUCAGCUUGGUCUUGAUGCAUGAUGAUUGAUGCAGCAGACAGAUUCAACGGUCUGUUCGAUCACACCCCACCGGGUUGGUUUUGCAUUAGCAAUUCUAUCUUUGCUGGAUUAUCUGCUGGAAGUGCAUGUUAAUUAUCUUCUUUCAAUGGCGUCUGGAAUAUGCGAUUUGAGAGAUUAAUUUUAUUCUUCAACCCAGAAUUCUGAUUUGAGAGAUUACCCAUCUCUCUUGCAACUAACUUGUUAGGCAUCAAAUUUGUUGUUCGGGAUUGCUGGAGCAGCAUCAAUCUCGUUUGUCAUUUUGUAAAUCAAGUCAAUCACUGCUCAGAAUAUAAAAAGUUGAUAGCUAGUUGGCCAGAGUUGUGUCCAGUUAAAUGUGUAAGUAACACAAAUAGUACUUUGUUAAUUGUUAUACACGAGUGAUUGUUAUAUAAAUGAUUCAUUUAGGCCUC